AUGGGCAAGGAAAAAGACUGGUUCGGACAUGAAUAUGACGAAUUCAUGAGAGCUGCAAAGUUGGAUAAUGAACCUGAAAUAUACACUGCAUAUGAUGGAGCUUUCACAACAAGUAAAAUAUUGGAGUUUUUGGACUAUAACAACUUUCCAUUAGUAUAUAUGAGUACAAACAACAUGGAUGCUGCUAGAGACAUCUUGGUAGAUGGCAUAAAGAAUUUGCCUCAAAACAAACAGCUUCUGGAGACUGCAGUUAUUUUAGAGCUUAUCCAACUUCAUAUUGCUAUUUUAACAAUUUCUUUAAGUAUAGUUACUAUUAACAACAUUAAUUUGUGCCUAACCCUUCUUUUUCCUUUCAUUCUUUUGAAUCUUGUUAUUGACAGCCUUCAGAACUGUAAGGAUACACUUGCAACGUGCCAAAAUGAACUUGAGACUGCUAAAUCUGAGAUUCAAAGUUGGCAUUCUUCAAUUCAAAAUGAGCCUUGUGUACCUGCUGGUGCCACUCCUGAGCCCAAAAUGUUGCUUGAUUAUCUUCAGGCCCUGAAAUCCUCAGAAGAGUCUUUAAGAGAGCAGCUUUUAAAGGCAAAGAAAAAGGAAGCUGCGUUCAUUGUAACAUUUGCAAAACGAGAACAAGAGAUAGCAGAGUUGAAGGUAUCAUGCUCAAAAUAAGAUUUUUUCUAUAGCAUGGCUGUAUAUGUGCAAUUACAUUUCUUUCUGACAUCAACUUUGACCACCUGAGUAAAAUUUAUUUCCACCCUUUUAAGAAUACUAACAAAUUUAC